CUUUGAUCAGGGAAAAAGCAUAUGUUGCUCGUGUCCUUUGGGCCAAUGCCAUCAAUGCUGUGAUUCUCUAUGACCCCUUCUCUGCAAUUGAAGAAGCAGAAGGUCAUUGCAUGGAGUUAUCUUGGAAGAUGUUACUGGUAUUGACUAGUGCUCAACCUCAUUCAGAUCUCUCAGGUUUCACACUCUCCUUCAGGCAGCUCUCCAAGGACAGGUCAAUUGAAAGGCAUUACAAUACCUUGCAAGAGUUCUUGCAUGAAGCAGUUGAUGAUUUGAAAAGCAGAACUGGUUACUUGGUUGCAUUGCAAGGGAGGUCCACUAUCUCUGAUUCCACCCUUCUUGUGUCUUCAUCUUCAGUCUCAAUACCAACUUCCACCCCAAGGAAACCCAACUUCCAUUUCCUUCUAGACUGUCGGAUGUCAGCAUCCAAGAGGCGCAUGCUUGAAAACCAGAUGUUUGCGCAACUCAUGGGGACAUUGGAGGAGAUCCAGCGCUCUGCGGAAGUCCUUGUCUUGGACCUCCCUUUCCCUGCUCUUCUUUUCUUGGGUGCUUUCUUGGAUACUCAAGGGAACAACCCAGUCGAGUACAUCUCUCAGGUCGAAGAAAGAUGGCCCAAGUAUCGGAAAUAUCUUUCAACCAUCACAGAAGACAUGAAAGGAGCGUUGAAGAAUCGAAAGCAGAGUUCCCUUGUGAUCCUUUGGUCACUUCAAGACUCAAAGUUCAAAAUGGUUGUUGGAAGAUCGAGUGGAUUGAUGAAUGAUGGAAGAACGGGAUGGGAGAAGGACAAGUGUGUCAGAUACGUGGAAGUGGGAGAUUACGUGUGUUGGGAGUUGGGAUUGUGGAAGGGGAAGGGUUGGUCCUUGAGAAUGGCCUUAGAAAUACUUCUUUCCCGUGCCCAAGGUCCAUUUCAGGCCCAGAUCCGAAUGAAAAAGAUGAACCAUCAAGACGAUGACGAUAACGCCGUCUGGCUCAAUUCCCUGUCUUUACCUCAAUCGUCCUCUCUGGACCUAGCCUAUCUCUCUCUCUACAAUUUCGACUCUUCUCCCUUUCCUUCUCGGCUCGUAUCCCUUCAUCCGGAUCCAUCCCUCCCUCAAGGAAUGCUCUUCCUUACUUACCCCCUUCUCUACAACCUUGGCUGGAGACCCCACGUUUCUGGAGGAUCUCUGCCCUCCCUUCAUCUGCUCUCCCUUCCUUUUCCCACGUUCUCCCUUCCCUUUCCCAAGGCCCGAGAAGUGAAGAUCGGAUUCUUCCCCAAUCACUACGUGUCCAGGAAUGACGUUGACUCGGCUUUGUACAACUAUUUCUGCAUCCCACGAACCCUUUCCAACGGGGACGUAUUCACCGUGGAUCUCUACAUCGAUGGGGACUACACCCUUUUCCCUCCCGAAGGCUUCCAGUUCCUCCACUUCAAAGUCCUCGAGGUCAAAGGUCAUCGUAAUUGGCAGCCUCAUUUGGUGUGCGUGUCUUUCACAAACCUUCGAUUAAGGGAGGAAGCCGUAAAAGACUUUUGCCCUCUAGUCCGUCAUCCCUUCACCUCUCCUAACGCCGACGAUGCUCUGUCGUCCUGGUACAAAGGAGAGGUGUGUUCCGAGGUCUUUAAGGUCAUGCAGGCGUAUCUUCGAGGUGAGAAAGUUCUUGAAGGUCUAGAUCCUCCGGGGAUAUUGAUCUCGGGUCCAAUUGGAAGCGGAAAAUCCCGACUUGUGUCAUUCCUCGUGCAAAAACUCGGUUUGUCUCUCCUUCCCGUCCUCCCCGCCGACCUCUUAGGAGACAACAUUGGUUCCACGGAAGGGAAGUUGAAGCAAAUUUUUUCGAAAUUGGACUCUCGGGGUCCAAGUGCCAUUUUCCUUCGCUCUGUGGACUCUCAUUACAUCAAGUGGAAUCCCAGACUUAGCAUCCAUGUCGAGGGAUUAUUUGGCAUGGGAAUGACCUUGGGUGACUUGGAAUGGGUCAUUCACAAGGCCUAUCUGCUUGGCGAUACCUUGUCGCAGGGACUCUUGGAUUCAGCACUCGAUGAAUGGAAGAAGAAGAGGAAGGAAGAGGGACAGGAAAUGGGUGAGACUCAUUGGAGUGACAUAGGGGGCUUGGGAGAAGCGAAAAAAGAAGUCAUGGACACCAUCCUUCUCCCUCUUCAGCAUCCCAACAUCUUCUCAAGCUCCAGUCUCAUUCGACGAUCAGGGGUGUUGUUGUACGGGCCACCUGGGACGGGGAAGACAUUGUUGGCUAGAGCAGUUGCAACGGAAUGUUCCCUUUCCUUCAUCUCCAUCCGAGGCCCCGAACUCCUCAACAUGUACGUCGGGGAAAGCGAAGCCAACGUCCGACAAGGUUUUAUUCUUCUCAAUUUUAGAAUCAGAAUCGGAAUAUGGAACGAUCAUUGCGAUGAUGGGAUCAUGCAUGCCAUGCGUAUAGUGUUCCGGCGGGCAAAGGAGAAGGCGCCGUGUGUCGUCUUCUUUGACGAAUUGGAUUCCUUGGCUCCGAAAAGGGGGGAAGCCGGCGACUCCGGUGGUGUCGUGGAUCGGGUGGUGUCGCAGCUCUUGGCGGAAAUGGACGGGAUAUCAGGAGGCGGGAACGGAAAGCAGGUUUUCGUGAUGGGUGCCACCAAUCGACCCGAUCUCCUCGAUCCCGCCCUUCUCCGACCUGGCAGAUUGGAUCGGAGCGUAUACGUGGGUCCACCGAGUACACCCGCCGAGAGAUUGGACAUUCUCCGAGCUCAAACCAGGAGAUUCAAGUGUUCACCUGAGGUGGAUUUGGAGGUGAUCGAGAGACUUCUUCCUCAUGGGCUCACUGGAGCUCACUUGUAUGCCAUCUCCUCAUCUGCUGCCUCCAACGCCCUCGAGAGGACUGUCCUUCGGAUCCAGAAAGGUCAUCAUAGAUCUCAUUCAUUAUUAAUGACGAUGACGAAGGUUCAGUGA